UCUUUCUUUCUCUCUCUAUCUAUCUAUCAGGUGUCACAUUGUUCUUGUUGAAUUCAAAUAUUUCAAAUUUUCAAACACAUUCAAAAGCAGCCAGCUAACAGCUUUGCAGCAGCGUGGCAUUACCGUUAUUUACAUGGAAAUGGAGGGUGGCUUAAGUUAAUCGAAAGUCAUAAACAAAGACACCCUCGCUACCAGGCUUCCCAUCUAAGCAAAAACAAACAUCAAACAUUUCUCUCUCUGCAUCUCUCUCUUCUUCUUCUUCUUCUUCUUUCUCCUUCUCUCUUAAUAAAAUCGACCUCUUCUUCUUCUUCAUCUCUCUCUGCAACAAAACCUUCACUGCCGCUCUCUCUUUCUCUUUCUCUUUCUCUCUCUAUAUCUGUGUGAGACCUUCUGUAUCUCUCUCUUGUGGUGGAUCAGGGGUUGGGGGAUGGGGCAGCAGUCGUUGAUCUAUAGCUUCGUGGCGCGUGGGACGGUGAUCCUGGCAGAGUUCACGGAAUUUACAGGCAACUUCACCAGCAUAGCAUCACAGUGCCUCCAGAAGCUUCCUGCUACCAAUAACAAGUUCACCUACAACUGCGAUGGACACACCUUCAACUACCUCGUCGAUAACGGCUUCACCUACUGUGUGGUUGCAGUUGAGGCCGCAGGACGACAGAUUCCCAUUGCCUUUCUUGAGCGAAUCAAGGAGGACUUUACCAAGAGAUAUGGAGGAGGAAAAGCUGCAACAGCAGUUGCAAAUAGCCUGAGCAAGGAGUUUGGGCCCAAAUUAAAGGAGCAUAUGCAGUAUUGUAUUGAUCAUCCCGAGGAGAUCAGUAAGCUUGCUAAAGUAAAAGCUCAGGUAUCAGAAGUUAAAGGAGUUAUGAUGGAGAACAUCGAAAAGGUCCUUGACCGUGGAGAGAAGAUUGAACUUCUGGUGGAUAAAACAGAAAACCUCCAUUCUCAGGCACAAGACUUCAGGCAGCAGGGAACCAAGAUGAGGAGGAAGAUGUGGUUGCAGAAUAUGAAGAUAAAGCUAAUAGUUUUGGGUAUCUUAAUUGCCUUGAUUCUUAUCAUUGUUCUGUCUGCUUGUGGUGGCUUCAAUUGUUGAUGGUCCUGAUUACACUCUUAUCAGUAUAAUCACAAGGAUUGGCAUUCCCGUUACGGUUUUUCAUUGUUGGUCUACUUAUAGCUAUUUUGUUUACACAUUCCUUCUGCUGCAGUUUAUAUUUUGUAAGACAAUGUUUGUAUAGUUUGUGCUCUUGAAUUCUUUCUCUUCUAGGUUCUUAAUGCGUGGAAGGUUUUUGAUCCCUUUUGUUCAAUUGAAUUAUACUAAUAGAUGUGUCAAACAUUGUAGCAAUUGCAAAUGAAAAAUCAGUGUGGUUGGUUCA